GAGGAGGCUCGAAAGAGAGAGAGGCCUUGCCUGGGUGCAUGCGCGUUGGCGUUUUUUAAUGGCGGCGUCCUUUCUGAGGGGGCUCUGAGUGCGAGUUGGCUUGUUGCAGUGCCACGAUGGCGUCUCGGCGGAUGACACGGGAGCAGUUCGAUGCCCUGGCGCAGACCAAGGCCAAGCCAUACCACUUUGAUCAGAGCAACCCCAUCGAUGUGGCGCUCCAUCAGCUCAGAGUUCAGUCGCGUCCUGUCCCCCGAACCCAGUACAACGACGAGGAAGGGGAUUUCUGUGGCGAUGGGAAGUUUGGGUCCAGUAAUUGGCGUGAGGAGCUGAGAGAUGACUACUCUCUGCCUACCUACAGAUCAGGCAGCCAGGUUGCUGAAGAGGACGACUAUUAUGACAAAAGUAGCCCCCUACAAGCAUCUCGCACCCGAGACUACAUCCAGCCACCUUCCCGUGAGCGGGAAUAUGGUCAUUCCUCAUCUGCGGAAAGGGAUUACACUGGCCUGUCGUCCCGAAACCGGAACUAUGGUCUCCUGGCCUCCCACGAACAGGACUACAGCCACGGUGUCUUGGCUAGAGAACCGUCCAAGCGGCAAAAUGCCAGCUACAGCUCUGCGGAGCUUUUGGGAGACUUUCGGGGCUCCCUGGGGGCUUUGGAAGAGGCUGCUCAUGGAUCCGAUUACGACCUAGACUAUGGCAUUGAGAGAGGACUUGGCCUCUCUCUGCCCAUUGGGAGGGGAAGGGGAACACAACGGAAGCGUGGCAUGGCACCUCGAGCAGAGCUUGGCAUACCUGCCCAAAAAUGGGGGACUAAAAAUGUAGCCCUGAUGGACAAUCCCCUGGCAGAAUCCCUAAAGCGCCCCCUGCAGCAAACUGUGCUUUCCCAGCGUCCACGGCUGUUCUUGACUCCCCUGGAGAAAGAGUUCAGAUUGAAGCCUGUGGACCCCACAGAUAUUUUCUCCACCUUCGGGAUCGAAAUCAUCAAGUGGGCCGGGUUUGACGACGUUCGGCAGGACUCAGAGUAUUCGGAGCUCUUCCGGAUGCUCUUCACGGUGGAGACGGAGACCUGCGCCAAGAUGCUGGCUUCCUUCAAGUGCUCGUUGAAGUCCGAGCACCAGCGCUUCUGCCUCUCCAGUGUCAAGACCCUGCAUCACCUGGCGCUGAGGGCACCCAAAGUGGACAGCCAGUUCUUGAGCCUCCUCCUGGAGAAAAAGGUGAUGGUGGAGAAGAACGACUUCUUCGAGGUCAUCGGGCCCUUUGACCGCUACGUCAUGCGGCUCCAGAACUACCUGCUGAAAAGCGCCACUCCGCUGCUCAUGGCCUGCAACUCCUAUGAGCUCAGCAUGAAGACCAGCAGUGUCAGCAAGCCGGCCCAGAUAUCAGUUGCUUUGGAGACCACUGUCUCCCUCUGCCGUAAGGCUCUGGCCCUCCUUGGGAUGACCUUUGCCCUGGCGACAGCCUUCCGGCAGGAGAAAAUCCUAGAGGCUCUCAGCAUCCAGGAGGCGGCACCGCCAGCCACCUCGUUCCCUAAUUUUGACACCUCUGCUUUGUUUGGGAAAGAGUACAUUGAGCACCUGAAGGGCUGGCUGGAGAAGAGCGGCUGCCAGAUGCGCUUAAAGCUACCUGCCACUGAUGUGCCACAGGAGAGCGCAGGGAAUGUGUCGGAAACCAAGCCCAAGAUUAAGAUCCCUCAGCGGGCUGACCAGAAAGUCAUCACUACAAUCGAAAAACUCGUCGACAACAUGGUCUCCGGUUUGCUGUCAGAAAAAGAAAAAACUGAGCUCGGAGACAAUCCAGACUAUUGGUUUUUGCAGGAGGAGGAAAGCUUGGAGCACAAGUAUUACAAGUUGAAGCUGUCUGAAGCAGAGCAGCUGGCAGCCAAGGCAAACUCACAGAAAGAGGAGGAGGAGAAGGAGAAGGAGAAAGUGGCCGCCGCCAAGAUGCGGGAGGAGGACGCCCUGCGGCGGGUCCUGUGCGCCAAGAAAAUUGCCAGCCUGAAGAAGAAGCUCUUCCGGGGCAGGCGGUCAGGGAUCCUCCAACGGGCCGCCCGUGCUCGGAGAGCCAGAAGGGCAAACGUAGGGACGCAGACGCUGCUCUCAGACAAGAUGCUAAAGCUGGAUCCUCAGGAGGCCCAAGGCCCGGCAGAAGAGCCUCCGUCCGAUGCAGCCGGCAGCUCAGAGUCCACAGCCAGUGAGGCCCCCUUGGAUCCUGAAGAUACAGCCUUGGCAGGCCAAUUUCCAGAUGUGGACCCCAAAACCAUGCUCACAGCUCGGAAGCUGGCAAUGUUUGUUGCCGAAGUGGGGCCCGAGAUUGAACAGUUCAGCAUUGAAAACAGUGCGGACAAUCCAGAUCUGUGGUUUCUGCAGGACCCCGAGAGCUCAGCCUUCAAGUACUAUCGCCUGAAGGUCCAGCAGCUCUGCUCCGUCCCCUCCGAAGAGACGGAGGAAAGUGAAGGAGAGGAGCCAGGCAAAGCGGAGGAGGAAGGACCGGCCACGGAGGAGGAAGGACUGGCCACGGAGCCAGAGCCACCAACGGCCGUCCCUGCAAAGGGUCCCCCCUUUGGGCGCAAGCGGGUGAGCAGCAAGACCUUGAAGGUGGGCCUGAUCCCGGCCUCAAAGAGGGUCUGUCUCAUCGAUGAGCCCAAAGUUCACGAUCCUGUCCGCAUUGCUUACGACCGGCCACAUAGCUACCAACCGAAUCGGAACAAGAAGUCAGCGCCAAGGGACUUGGAGUUCCGCCACAAGCGGCUGAACCAGAAGAACGUCGGCUUCCAGAUGCUCCAGAAGAUGGGCUGGAAGGAAGGCCUGGGCCUUGGGGCCGAAGGCAGGGGCAUUACAGAGCCCAUCAAAGUGGGCUCUACUUCGGCUGGACAGGGCCUGGGCAUUGGAGACAAGAAAGAAGAUACCUUUUCCACCUUCCGCCAGAGAAUGAUCAAGAUGUAUUACAUGAAAAGAGCCGGGAAGUAGAUAAGGAUGCAGAGCAAGGCCGUUGCUUGGGUUCGUCGGAGCUGCUCUUGACAACGGUUUCCAUUUGCUUUGAAAAAGCCUUGGAGCCAAACAAUGAUUGAUUAUUACAAGAUGUAGAUCUCAACAUCCCCAGAAUCCCUUCAAAUGAAGAAACAAAAGAGGUCUGUCUCAGCAAGGACUCGUAACAUCUCCCUUCUGAGGAAAAUGCAGAAUUUCCCAUCCAAAAGAUGUCCAACUUCUGCGUCACUUCCUUUUUAGCAUCACUUUGCCUUUUGGACUGUAAGCAAAGCAUCGCAGGGGCCGGUGAUUUGGCCCAUUUGAGGAAGAAAACAAGUUGGAACCUAAAAGACAUAUUUCCAUAUUUACCGUAUAUAUAUAUACACACACACCAGUCUCAGCUUUUGUUUCAGGGACUCUGUCUCUCAAUGGCUCGAGUGAAAAAAAUGACACCUGUUUUCCUCUAUCAGCUCUAAUUUUUGAGAUUACAGAACAUAUAUCGACCUGCCACCAUCUUGUUUUUCUGGAUUCUCGCAAAGAUAGAUGUCCUCUAAAGGUGUAAACUAAUCUGGAUUUGUCUCGAAAGCUCCUCCAAAUGCAGACUUGAAAGCACAUUCUGCAGUGACACGGUUAUACUUUAGCUUCACUUUGCUUUGGAUCUUUAGUCGUGUUUUUUUCUCCCAGCUCAAGAUUGAGUUCCGUCCCUCUGUGUGUGUUUGAAUGCGUUUGUCUGAAUGCUUUUGCAAAAAAAACAAAAACCCUUUUCAACAUUCGUAUCCAUUCACUGCUUUUUUCUAUUCUUCCUAGCUUUCCAGGCGCUCUUGUCCUGAAGACCACAAGCAUCCAUUCAAAAACACUGUUCACUAUGUCUCCUUUUUUGUUGGGAACAUUUUAUAUAUAUAUAUAAUAUAUGUAUAUCUCCCCUUUCCCAGUAGUGCUUCUCGAUGGGGAUUGUUUGGUUCUGCUCCCUUUCCUUGUGGCGUUCAAUAAUAUUGUUGGCAGAGGGACUGUUCCGCCAAGGUUGACGUUGCUUCUAAAGAUGUUUUGAUGGCAUGUGACCCUUUUAUUUUUCAAAAAAAAGUCCAAUAAACAAAGGGGAAAAGGGACCUAACUGUUUUGCCCCUUUGCUUCUUUCCA